CAAUUCAAUCGAACUGUUUACAGUUUUAAAAGGAAAUGUGGAUUGGGCACCAAAAUUUCCCUCCAAAGUCGGUCCCUUCAAGAAACAGAAUUUUCAGUAAUCACACAAACGAACACGAGCAAGAACACCAUGGACGACGUUGAUCGACUCUUCCAAUGCUUCAAAUGCGGCAUUUCUCCUCCACCAUCUGCUAUGCGAGAAAGAAAAAGAAGAAAAAACAAACCGAAGCAAGAAGGUGCAAAGCAUGAGGUGUUUACAGCUUCAGGUACUCCAUCUCCGAGAUCAGCAUGCCGUGGAAAGACAACUGAUUCAACUGAAACAGAUAUACAGCUCUGCCCAGAAGAACUUGGUUUGUCGACAGUUAAAGUGAACAAAUCUAACUGUGGCGGGCAGAUUUCUCCUGUUGUAUUUUAUGGGACUCCAAAUGGUGUGCCUCGGAAAAGACCAUUGAGCUUAUUGCGAUUGUUGCAUGAAAUACGUGUUGAUCUCUCUAAACAGGAUAAAUCAGACUUAAGGAAGGAAGUAUGGGCUACCUUUCCAAGGCAAGAUGAAGCGAUCAAGUUUGUGAAAGGUCAUGCAAAUGUUCAUAUUUAUAGUUAUCAAGACCAUUUCAAUGGACAGAGAAGGUUUCUUGUUUCAACAUAUAAGGAGUUCUGGCAGAGGUACAAAACUAUGGACCCAAACUUUCGUCAUCAUUAUGAAGUGAUUCAGGAGGGUUUACCAUGUCACCUUUACUUUGAUUUGGAGUUCAAUAAAAGGGAUAAUCCUGAAAAAGAUGGAGAUGAAAUGGUUGAUCUUUUGAUAUCCAUCACUCUACAAGCAUUGCUUGACAAAUACUCUAUUGAAGGAAAUGAAGAUUGGAUAAUAGAGCUUGAUUCCUCUACUACAGAAAAGUUCUCUCGUCAUUUGAUUAUGCGCAUGCCAAAGACUGCUUUCAAGGACAACUCGCAUGCAGGUGCAUUUGUUACUGAGAUAUGCUCUCGGAUAAGAAGUGCAAGAGAAAGAGAUGCAAAUUUUGAAAAGCUGUUCAUAAAGAAAGAUUCAAACUCUGCUGAAUCCCCAAGUCAACUUUUUGUGGACACUGCUGUCUACUCCAGAAAUCGUUGCUUUCGUUUAGCUCUAUCUUCGAAGGCAGGGAAGAAUUCUUUCCUUUUACCUACUGGGCGUUUCAAAUGUAAGGGCAUGUGUGAAGAAGACAUGUUCAUGGCAUCUUUGAUCUGCAACAUGGAUGCUGACUGCGACAAACUUUUAGUCUGCAAAUUGGAGUUAGAUUGUGUUAAGACCCUACAAUUUGAUACAGAGCUACAUAAUAAUUAUGGAAAAUAUUGUCGUACUUCUCAAGAAUUUGCAUUGAGUUCCCACUCAAGUGAUGUGUCAACCACGUACUUCAUGGGAAAGUCACCAUUUCCAGCUUUGGACAAAUUUAUAGAAUGUAUUGCAUCCAUUGGAGAUGUAUCUGGAAAAAUAAGGAGCUGGUAUUGGUUCUCAGAGUAUGGAUUGAUUGUCUACAGUAUGUCAAGAAAUAGAUACUGUGAGCGAAUUGGGAGACAGCAUAAAAGCAAUCAUGUGAUGUAUGUUGUUGAUCUGAGAAGGGCUGUUUAUUAUCAGAAAUGCUAUGAUCCAGAUUGCAGAGGUUACCGAUCUCCACUUCGUCCAAUUCCAUUGGACAGCAUCCCUGAUCCUAUGUUUUCCUCUGAUUCGAGACAGAUGAUGCAGCAUGGAGGGUUGACAGAUAAUAAUAUUGAAUACCAACUUGUGAACAAUUAUUGGGAACAGGAUAUGAGUUGCUAUGAUGACGACAAUACAGAGAGCUGUGGUAAAGAUUCUUGGUGGAUUGAAGCCAUAAAUCUUGCCAAUGAUAUUGAGAACAAGCAAAAAACAUGGGAUAGCAGCAACAUGGCAAACAUUGAUGAUGAAGAUGACGGCUGGUGGAUGGCUGUUGAAAGGACUGCAUCUCAAGCUGAACUAAUGCACUUCAAUUGAGGAUUCAAGAUAAACAUUCAAGCUUCUGACUGAUGGCAGAUAUAGAAAAAGGUCGAGGUUGUGAAGCAUUCAGAAAUGAAAAGCUAGUUCUUCUACAGAUUGUUAAUGUUGAAGGAGAAAGAAGGCACCCAUAACUUCCUGAAUAAUACGUGCAAUGUUUAAGCUGCAACCCACGUAGGGUCGUUGGGGUUCCCAGAAAAUAAUCUCACCAGUGAGAGACUCAGCAAGGUUUGUGUGUGAAGUUUUUCUGUACAAAAUAAUUUACUAGGUUUGUUGCAAGUGUUUCUAAAAGCCAGAGGCAGCUGCAUCAAGUCAAUAUUGGAUUUAUUACGUUUAUACUCUUUCUCGAGCAGAUAAU